UCGUCCAUUGAAAGUUUCAAUGCGAAUGCAAAUUGCUAAUAAUGGAUCGCGCGUCGUUCGCGUUUAUUCAAAAAUAUUCAAAAGAAACAUAUAAAAAUAGUCUGACUAUUCAUUUCCGCAUUUAUGUAUAUAUAUAAUACGUGCACAAAUACGUUCAAAGUCGAGAUUAUCGUUCAACCAAGCAUGACACGUUUAUGAAGCUGGCAAGUGCCAUAAGUCGUGCGAUAAUCGAACGAGAAUCGUGCAUGUGGUGUGGCAUUGUGCUUUUGCAAAAUUCUUUCAAAAUGGAUUGAUUUUGUUUUGUUCUAUUUUUUUUUUUCAUCUUUUUUCGAAAACAUUUAUUUUAUUACGAUAAUUAUUUCUCGUUCCAUAUACAAAAAAAAAAAGAAAGAAAUAUUAUAUUUAACCAGUCCUUCAUCUGUGAAUAAUAUUUCUCAACAAAACGUUCUCGUGGAAAUAUAUACCUCGCAUCCUUCAUUUUCCUUUUUCCUUUCUCUUUCAAUACAACCGCGCGUAAUGCCGACGUCAGUUGCAAAGCGCACACGUUGAUCCUUCCGAUAGAGAAGGAGUUCCGAUGAGAACUCUGUAUGAAGAUUCUUAUUGGUAUAUUAGUAAGUAAUUAAAAAUGAUUUAUUAAAUUUUAAUUAAAAGGAUUUAAAUUUGCGAGAGAAAAAAAAAAGAAGACAUUUAGACCAACAAUUUCGGUCAUAGAAAUUUGUUCUUUAUCGUAAAUUUUACAUUCGUAUUUUGAGUAUAUCGAAACAUAAAAUAAUUGCAAAUAAGAUUGAAAUUUGAAAUUAUCGUUGAAAAAAAAAAAAGAAAAAAAAAAGUAAAAUCUAGCUUAACGAAAAGAUAAUUAUUUUUAGAUGCUCUGUUACGUAAAAUUCAUUAAUCGGAGGAGAGGAUCAGUAGAUAUCAAAUUAUAAAUACACUGAUUCUUGCAACGCGACACGAUAUCUCCUUUGUUCUUACGGAUGAUAAAUGAAUAAUAUUAAAAUCAUUUUUGAUAUCUUUUCAAAGAAACGAUUGCAAAUAAUGUAAUUAAGUUUUGUCAUCACGUAGAUCGUGGUAUGUAACUGGUCUACCAUUUUCAAAUAGAAACUCAAGACGUUUUAUUCUGGUUAUCGUAACCGCGCUAAUAAGUAGGUCUCACGCCGUUAGUCUUCUUGAGGAAUCACGCGAACAAAGUUAUCCUUGUCGACUGACUGGCAACUACUUAAUUUGAUGGGUAACAAAAAAAAAACAUCGAGAUAAAUAAAGAAAGAAAAAAAAGAAAUAAUCAAGGGGAGGAUCUCUACUGAUAUUUUACUCGAACGAACUUGGAACUCGAGAAGAACGGAAUUUAGUCUUUUCCUUCCUCUUGUUGGAAUAAUAAGUGUCGUUUUUAAAUCUUACGAUACAAGUUUCUCUAACGAAAUCGAGUAUUCAAAAAAAGAUACAUUGCUUUGGAACACUUUCCUUGCGGUUGAACGUUACGCGAUUUAUACUUAAAACAUUAAGAACGAAUCGAAUGGAACAAGUUUCAAUAAAUAGGAGAUCAAGGAAACAUAUGAAAGGGAAAACAAUGAUCGGAUCCAUUCUUUUAUACCUUUUCAUGAUUUUUGGUGUAACUACAUGUAAAACGUGUAACUCGAACAACGGAGAUGGUAAUUAAUUUAAAUCAUUAUUAAAUUAUAUACAAAGAGAUAUUUUCAUUCUUGAAGAUAAAAAAAAAAAGAUAGUCGAUUAAACUUAGGUUCAAUAAGAUUUUCAGCAUUCUCACGUGAGCUUAAUUAUCUCACCGAUGAUGUCAAAAUCAAUGAUCCGUGAACUGGAAAUUUAUUGGAAUCAUCCGAAGUAUCGAUUGGAUAGCGACAGGAUCGCACUUUAUUCGGAUGAUCCGACGAAUGGAUUAGAACCGAUUUUUAUUUUGGAACCUAAAUCGUCGAGUGGUAUAAAGAAUACAGGAAUUCAGGCUGAAUAUCUACCUACUAAAAAUUUGACCUAUCAAAGACAAUGUCUCAAGUAUUACGUUGCUUGGCUGAGGAACGGUGUCUUGAAGAAAGUGAAUUGUCUUAAAACGUAUCCUAAUUGGAUGGCUGAGAGAAAAGAUAUUUUAGGUCCUCUUAGAAUGAAUAAAAUCUUUUUACCAGGUACUCACGAUUCGGCAUCUUACGCGAUCCACAAACUAGCUGCUGAAGAAGACAUUAUUGAUAAAUAUGUUAUAACGCAGGACAUAGAUGUACUCGCGCAAUUGAUAUACGGGGUACGAUACUUGGACAUCAGAGUAGGAUAUUAUCCACGCACGAAUGAAAUCUGGUGGGGUAAUCAUGGAAUAAUACGGCUAAUACCAUUAAUAGUUAUCAUCGAACAAGUAAAAGUAUUUCUCAAUAAUACAGAGGAAAUCGUGAUAUUCGACGUUCAGGAAUUUCCCGUUGGAUUUCAACAAAAUGUAUCCGUACAUUGGCAGUUCGUUAAAUAUUUGGAGAAACAAUUUGCAGAUUACUAUUUACCUUAUAGAACUGGUUGGCUUACAACAUUAAAUACAAUUUGGUCCUCGAAAAGGAGAUUGAUUAUUGGAUAUGAUGAAAAACAAGUUCUCAGUUUGUACGAGAGUCUCUGGCCUUGCGUUACACAUCAAUGGGGUAACGUUCAAACUAUCGAUGAUUUAUAUCGAUAUCUUAAUCGUAUUGAAACAUCAAAUGCUCGGGACUACAAAAUAACGCCAAGAUCCGCGAUGGCGGAAUUAACUCCUAAUGUAUGGGACGUGAUUUGGAACAGAUUGGGAGGUCUUCGCCAAAUGGCUAAUAGAGUCAAUGCCAAUGUCACCAAUUGGUAUGCCACCAAAUGGCAGCACACAGCUAACAUCGUCGCUGUUGACUUCGUAAGAAGUUCUGGUAUCGUAGAGACUUCUAUCGAAUGGAACGAUAGACGAAACUCGAACUGUUAAUGAACAAUAAAUUCUACACAAUUUUACAUUUGAUAUUUUCUCACAAACUGUGAAUUAAUUAGUUGUAUAGACAAUCCCUGUUCUUUUUGUUGUUGUUGUGUUGUCAUCUUUUAUUAUCAACGAUUUUAGUUUUACUAGCUCAUUCCUGUUUCCCUCGUUUAAUCUCGCGCAUUAAAAAAAAAAAAAAA